AUUUUAUUAGCUGGUUGUCGUUAGAACAAGUCAAAAUUCUCAAAUUAAUUAGAAAGUUAAGUAACGCUUCCAUGAAAGUAAAAGACAUGGGAGAUUACAUAACUGAGUGUCCUAUUUGUACUGAAGUUCUUGUGGAAAGGGAGCCUAGAAGACUAUCUUGUAAUCCAUCACACGUAUUCUGUUCGGAAUGCCUGGAAAAUAUUGCCAUUUCUCUUCGUUUACAAUCUGGAGAUGAAUUUCCGUGUCCUAUUUGUAAAACUAUAUCGAAAUGGCCAAAACUAGGUGUUGAUGGAUUUCCGGAAGUUCAUUUUGAAGAUGAAACUGACGAUUGUGGAAAAUCGAAUAAAUCGAAUCUGUUAAGUAUGAAAGAAGAUAACUUUGCAGAAAACUUUUAUAAUGAUAUUAUGAAAGAGAUUGAAAAGACAAAGUUGAAAAGGAGUCAAGAACUUGGUAAAUUAAAGAAUGAAAUUGACAACCUAAAGCAAAUUAUUGACAAGAAGGAAGCAUGUUUGAGAGAUAAAUUGGAAACUUUCUUCGACGAGAAGGAGAACAAACUACAAGAGAUAUUAGAAGAAUCUGAAUUUUUAAAGAAUAUUCCUGCCUUAUCGGGAAGUAGAGUAAGCUUAAUUCUAAAAGAGAAUUUCGACGUAAUGAAAGAAGAUCUUCUACACGAAAAAGAGAUGACGGCUAAGAAAGAUGCUUAUCUAAAGACAGUGAAGAAUUUAGAUAGUUUAGAAAUUGGUUCAAUAAUAAUACUUCCAUCCGAUAAACCAUCGAAUGAGAGAUCUAUAAGAUUAAAUGGGCAAAUAGCAUUAUUACGUUAUUGUAACGACGGAAUAUUUGUAAUCAAUUCCGGACCUGGUCCAACUUGCUAUAAUAUCGAAACAAAAUCAAGUUUAUCAUUUCAUAGGGAUAGAUCAAUUAUAGAUUUUUGUAUUGGAAGAGAUGGUUAUAUAUAUUUCUUAAUGGAGAAUUUAAAGCAUUCAAAGAAGCUUUAUAUGAUUGAUACGUGCUUUAAUCAAGAGAAAUUUGAAAUAGAUUUUAAAGAAACACCAAUCCUAAGCGAUCCUAGUUUCCUAUCAUCAAAAGAUCAUAUAUAUUUUACAAGAUAUUCAAAUUUAAUGAUCUACGAGAAACGAUCUAAACGAUUAUUAUCCAUGGAUUUAAAAUUGCCAAUUAGCAAUGUUAAAGCAAAAGAUGAAUUAGUAUUUGUACUAUUUAAAAAUGGUACAAUUAAAGAAUUAGACAUUGGUAAAGGUAAAACAAAUUUUAUCGAUGUCAAAUUGGAUGAUGGUAAAAUAUCAGUUAGAAAUGACAUUAUAAGUCCUCUGUUAAAGGGAAAUUUACUUUUAUGCGACGAGCAGAGAGUAUAUAUUGUAUUUGUUAAGGAGAAAAAAGCUAUUUCGUAUAGACAUAGAAAAAUAUUGAAACACGGCAAAAUAUUUGGUUAUAGAAUUAGUAAAGAUGAAUUUUAUUUUAUAACAAACGAAUACGAACUCAAUAAUUGUAUUGUUUGUAAAUAUUUUGAUAUAUAAAUUCAUUCUUUC